AUGGUGCCGCGAUUUAAGUGGAGUGGGCGGCCGGAGGAGAAUGAUAACCACCCGGUGUUCAGAAGGUCCUUUUACUUGCUGGGCACCUUUUGCCUGGGCUACCAGUCUAUUGGUGUAAUGACCCAUUGGCUGCUGUUUGAUAGGAAGGCCCAGGAUACCCAAAGUUUUGUGGCCGGAAUCUCGGAGGCUACUGGAGCACUGAUGCUUGUGGCUGUGGGAUUUUACAACAUAUGUGCCCUUUCGCAUCAUCGCACGGAGAUCGAGUUGCUGCUUACGGACCUAAUGGAACUUUAUCCAAGACCCAAAGAACGACUCUAUCGCCGGGAGCACUUCCACAGUUUGGCCAAUGGCUUGAUGAAAUUCGAGUUUAUAUACUUCUGGAUGUUCGCCCUGUACUACAACGGUGCACCACUGGUGGGUUUACUGUACGAGCAUCUGAUGGACGGAGUGGAGAUGAGCUACAAGACCCAGAUAAACACCUGGUAUCCCUGGAGGGUCCAUGGAUCGGCAAUAGGAUAUGGCCUGGGUCACUUUGCCACCUGCAUCGCCUCGAUUGAGGGCGUGGCCUUCUCUUUGGGCACUCACAAUAUUAUCAGCAUAUUCACCUAUCAGUUGAAUUUGCACUUUGAUGCCAUAGCCAAUCAAUUAGCGGAACUCGACUCCCGUCAUCCCGAUGCCAAUCGGGAGUUGAGAAGGCUAAUCGCUUAUCACAGUCACGUUCUUCGGAUUGCCGAUCAGUUUAACGAAAUAAUGAACUUUUCCUUCCUUGGCGGCCUGCUAUUUUCCACAAUCGCUCUUUGUAUGACCAGUGUGGCAAUUUUACUGCUCGAUUUGGUUUCGGCCAUCAAAUGCGUCAAUGGUCUAGUUGCCUUUAUUGUUUACAAUUUCGUCAUCUGCUUCUUGGGCACUGAGUUCACUAUGGGGGUAAGUUAA